AUGAAAGAGGUUGCAUUCCAGCUAUACGUGGUAGAUUAUCAACAAGUCAUCAUAAAAUUUGUGAUGCCAUACAAAAGAAUUUGGUAUUUUAACAAAUUUAAAAAACAUAUUAAACAUAUUGCUGAUCAUAAAAAAGCAUCAAAAUUAUACACACAUUUUGGUUUGGAAUUGUUACAAACAGAUGAUCCAUACCAUUUUGAAAAUGAAAUGGACAUAUCCGAAAAGAUCCAUGGAUUACUUUGUGAUAUUAUAUAUUUAACAGGAAUGGAAAGCCAUAUCAUAUUGAAAAAACAAAAAGGUAUAUCCGUAUGGACUAUGGGUGCUGAUCAAUUGGAUAAAUUUAAAGAUAUUGAAAUAAAUUGUGGCAAACAACAAAUGCAAAAACUACCAGAAGAAAAUAGAAAUAAAAUACCAAAUAGAAUUGAAUCUCCAUCAACUAGUUUAAAAUCACUUCUUGAAAGUGACUCUAAUCUUAAAAGAGAAUUAUGUUGUUCAAGAGUUUAUCAUCAUAAUGACCCAGAUUUAAUCAAUGUCUUGUGUACAGCCAUUUUUAAAAUGAAAGCUUGUUUAAUUGAUGCAUUAGAAACCUCUAGUUCAUUAAAAUCUUAUCAAGUUAUAGAUAGUACAGGUUCACUUUUGAUUUCUAGAUUGGGCAGCGGUAGAGAUGGUUAUGUUUGGAAAGAGACAACAGUAAACAGGAAUUUAACUGUAGUCAAAUUCUUCAAUAAUACUUUUACCAAAGAGAAAGUAGAAAAAGAAACAGUUAUCUGGAAGAAUGCAUGGGAUAUAACAACUCUUUCAGUUUCUAUGAAUAAUUACCAAUGUUUACUGAUGCCAUUCUUGAAAAUUGUUGAUGAGGAUGAAGAUGAUUGGAAAGACCAUAGAUUUUUAAAACUCGUCGAAUUAGCCUGUCUUAGAUUUGCGAGAGCUGGCUACAAGCAUUUAGACCUUAAGAGAAGACAUGUUGCUAGACAUUCUACCCCCAACAAUGAUAGAGUCGUUGUAUUUAUAGACCUUUCAUCUGUAGAUCCUAUAGAUCCACUAGAUAUUGAUGCUGUCAGCAAUGAAAUGUACCAAACUUUAAUAGAUGAAGGACGAACAAAAGAUCCACCACCACAAACUGUUAAACAAAUACAACUACCACCACAAACUGGUAAACCACAACCACAACCACCAUUAACUCGUAGUAAAACUCGUAAAGAAAAAGAAGAAACAUCACCACAACCAACAAAAAAUACUCAUGAAAUUUCAAACGAAGUAUUUCAAACACCAAUUAAAAAAUAUAAGGCAGAAGAUAAAGAUUAA